CUCUCUUCUCUCAAUCUCUCUCUUGUAUAUACACACAUACACACACACACGUACAACGUACACAUACAUAUAUAUUAUAUCUCUCUUUCUCUCCCUCUCUGUUCUUGUCGAAUAUGUAAGUGUAGGUACGCGUGUGCGCGUUUCUUUCUCGCCUCACCUCGCCCCGCCUUGCUUCGCCUCACCUCUCCUCUGCUGUCUGUCUCCAUCUCGGCCUCGCUCGUCGCCGCGAGGACGGCAGGCACGUCCGCCGGCAAAUAAAACCCGUGUUGGGUGACGCGACGACGGGGGUGGUGAUAAUCGCGGAAGAAAGGGAGCAAGAGGAGACGCCGGGCAACCUGAGGGGCUUUUCCGUGCUGUUUUUUAUGCGUGCGAAUGAUAUUGAGAUAACGAAACGAAAAGCACAGAUCGAAAGUGAUAACGAAGGGUUGCAAGAAGAGGCUAGUGAGUAAGAUUUAGAGCGGGAGUAAUAUUUGAAAGUAAAAGAGACACACGCGCGAAAAAGUAGGGUGGAAAGGGAGGUGAUAUUUAAAAGAAGACGAAGGAAGCAAAGAUAGGGCAGAGGGGGGAGAAGGAAGAAGAAGAAGAAGGAGAGAGAGAGGGAGAGAAAUCGAAAGAGAGAGAGAGAAAGAGAGAAAGAGAACAUCGGCAAUAUCUAUAAAAUCGGAGAAUCUUAAGUGAAAAUGGCAUAUUUGUGUUUUUUCCACAGAGAUAUAGAGCGAGGUGCGAAUAUCUUAUAAAGUGCAACGUUAAUAAUCUUGUUUCGUAAAAAAUUUUUUUUUUUAAUGGGAAAAAGGCUAUAUGGGUCUUCUUAUAAGAGUCGCGAAGAUUGCGGAUAUCACCGAAAGGGAAGCGAUGCGGCGAAGAAUAUAGAGCGAGAAAAUAGAAGAUCUACUUAUUUCUUCGCGUGAUCUCUAGAAGAAAGAAUCCACGACUGAACGUUGAUCACUGAAAUUUGCGAACAGUAAUGAUCGAGGAAAAUACAGAAAGGGCGAAGAGGAGAAAAGAAUUACGGGUUAACUUAAAUGAAUAUAAAUCACUAACAUUAAGAUAGAAAACAAGAGAAAAAAGAAUGCAAAUUAUGAAUAAUGUCCCCACUUUCUUCCCUUUAUUAAACGCCAUAUUACGAAAUAUUAAGAAUACUUAAAAAAUCUAAGUUUUUUUACGUUUUUAUAGGAUGUUGUAGAAAUGAGGGAUUAUAUACGUGAGAAUUUCAGUGAAAAAAUUAUUCGAGAUUAAUAUGCGCACUUCAUCGUUUUACUGUAGUAAUUCAUAUCAAUACAUGUACGCGUGAGUGCAUAACCGUAGGAUACACACGUCGUGAUAAUCCGUACAAAUAGCUGUAUUGUAAAAUAAUUCAAUCAGGCAUUGACAUCUUUACAUAUCCGUCGAUCUUUUUCUCUUUCGGACACCCCCUUUUUCAUCCGUCGAAAUGCGGAUAUACGUUUAUUUUCAACCCGACAGCCGGAACUGAUAGAAAGGUUUCGCCAGCUGUUCGUUAUGCAGAAACCGUGACAGUUGCUUUCACCAGCUUUUCAGAUUCGACGUCGAAAUGCAAAUUUUCACAUCGUAGAAGAAUAUCCGCAUAUUUCUGUUGAUGAAAACCGAAUUGACUCUAAUUUCGCUGUUAUUACGAGUCUAAUAUAGAGGAAGACAAUCUACACGUAAUUCUAUUCUUAACUCGAGGAAUGUGUGUAUUAUAUAGAAUCAUAUUACGUAAGAGAAUUCAAUACAAUUAUUGAUCCGUUAAUUAUUUACGUGAGGGAUGUUUAUCUUAUAGACAACUGAGCUAAACGUUAGAUAUAUUUCGCGAAAUGGAAACGCAAGAAUAAAGGUACAUCACGGGAAGUAUAACAGAAAUUUGGUUAGUUGUAGUAUUUUUGCGAAGUGCUAUGCGGUGACUCAUACUUUAAGUAUUCCAUUGUGUAGAGUUCUGCAAGCAUUGCCCUGCAUAGCAGGCGCUUCCAAAAAUACACGUUUCGUUUUAGCGUUUCGCGCACGUCGAUAUGCAAACGCAUCAGUAAUUCAUGGACCGUAGCUCGUUGCAGAGUUGCUGCAAUAAAGAAAAGAAAACUAGGAAAUUUAUUAGAAAUUUCCGAGCUGUAAUGGGCGAAGAGAUUCCUCAGAGUACUUUUUAAUGCCAUCGAAUAAUAAAACAUUCUUUGCAAUGCUGCAAUGGUGAAAUCAAUCGGCACGUACUUAUUUUUUCUCUUUAUUUUUCUCACUUCUUUUUUUCAACAUAUUACAUUGCUUUUCCUUUAUUGUUCCUCCAAUUUAUUUUUUCAAUGAUAAAAUGUUGAUUAAAUAAGUAAAGCUGAAUCUUUUAAUUAAAAAAAAAAGCAGUUCUAACGUUUUAUCCUGAUAUUUUCUCUUGUUUUCGGAAACAAAGGUGAUGACAUAAAAUAAAAAUAUUGAGUGAAAAUAAAGUGUUGCAAGACGGCGUGAACCACAAAGUGAUUUCGAUGUGACAAGUAUUGAGCGCGAUCAAACGGGAAGAUUCUGCUUUCAGCUACGACCUCUCUUCCAGUUUCGCUCGUUCCGUUGUCAAGAGUAUUGAUAUUUCGCUGCAAACAUUCAAAGACUCGUAACUGACAUCCAAAGCAUGAGAGGCAUACAUUUGUCUCCGACAAAAGAUGUGUCCAAGAGCUGAUCUUAGGACUCGUUCAAGUCGCUUGCCGAGUGUCCGAGGAAGGGAAAUAAUAAACGAAAUAAUAAACCGACAAACACGCGGAGGAUGGAAGCAUGAUUCUGAUACCGCGGGUCCGGCGAACUCGACGGAAAACUAGAAGAAGAACGUCCCGAGGUCGAAGAGAGAUCGAAGAGAAGGGUGGAAUGACGAGAGAUUGCGGGGAUAUGGAUACCCGCGAGGCUAGUGGAGUCGGUCGAUCGCGAGGCUUGAAUCUGUUGACUUAACCGUCUCCAAGGGGAAUCUCGGCAUGCGUCCGAUGGUGCCGGACGAAACGUCGUCGUACUUCUGUUUAAGUUACGUAUUACGAGAGAUUACGUUCGCGACAUGACUUCGGCGAAGAAAAUUACCGCGUAUCGUUAACGUCACUCGCGGAAUAUCAAUGUCCUCGAGACACGAUUCGAAGGAAGACUCGCGCCUCUUGCUAAUGUCGUCGCAGGAGAUUAUUUCGAAUCGACGUCGUUCCCUGAUACUUUUUGUGGCAUGUACGUGACCCCAACAACGUGGAAAGAAAUUUGCGGCAGUAGAGCCUCGAAAAGAUCCGGUACCGUGGGCGGUACAACCUUGUGCCCCUGGCACGGUACCGUUUCCUGAAGGACGAGGCUGGCUGGUGUGUGCGUGUGUGUGCGAUUGUGUGGAAGAGGAAAAAAUACGGGGAACUCAAAGGUACCUUUCGUGCGGUGGUACCUGCGGCUGAGUGUCUCUUCAAAUCGCUUCAAUUGUCUACGUUUCGUGCCAGGUGCUUGCGAACAUCGUACCGGAUCGUGCAAGAUUAACUGUGCGAAUCGGUAUCAAACGGUACCGUCGAAGGAUGAAACAAUUCGGCAAAGCAUCGUGAGGAAUAGCAAAAGAGCGUACGUAUCUUGGUCGUUGGACGAUGACCGACUGGCCGUCGUUGUGGUGGAGAUGACUACCAGGCUAGUGGCUCGUCCUGAAGACGACGACGACGACGACGAGGUCCACGAAGAGGCACGAGACUCGGCCGUGGGCUAUCACUGCCACUGAUAGAGCCGGCAUCCCGUCGCAGCUCACAUCGAUGCCGACUGCCACAUCCACGAAACAAGGAAAUUCAGCGCCGUCACUCCAUUUUCAGGCCCAGUCAGCGCACGUUGGCCGACACAGUUCGGAAUGGGGAGUGUCGGCAGCAACGUGACAGGAACGACGACGACAGAUCCGACGACGUUCCUGCCAGACGCAACGCCGACUUUAAGCGAGCGCGAACAGGUCAAAAUCGAAUUUUACAAAACGUACGACGUCAUGACGGGGAUACGGAUCGCCGCGACCCUCGGCGGUUUUUUCAGCUUAAUGGUGUUGCUGGUAGUUUACAAGAGCAGAUGCAAAGCGAGCAAACAAUUGGAAGACCCGGCUUUGACUGCGGCAGCAGCCGCGGCGGUCGCAGAAGCUGAAGCCGAAGAACGCGCACUCGCCGUCGCUCUCGAAGCGAUCGCCAGGUUACCACCCAGGCCGGGUCGUGGUCCGAGAAGAUCUUUGUGCGUUGAGAUGAACCAGUCUCAUUCACCCGUGGUGGCACCUCGCUUCGCCUCAGUCGGAGGUGGAUACGACUCCCUGCUGGCACCGCCAAUCAGGCAACCGAGGUUGGCUCCUCCGGUCGAUCACAGAAGAUGUAGCUCGGUCACCUGCAGCAGCACUGGAAGUAGUUAUCUGGAACGAAGGGGUUCAGCCAUGGUAAUGCCGUGCCUUCCGCCUCCUCCAUCCUUCCCGCGUCACGCCGCCUACGAUGAGCCAUGGGAUUUAUAUUACCCUAUCGAUAUUCAGGUAAUACAGCCAACCCCAGAUUUAUCGCCGUGCGGUAGCGAGGUCGGUCUUUAUGCUGGGGCAGUCGGCAGCCUUAUGGCGGCGUCGUCGGGCAGAAGAGCGCCGUUGGCAUCGAUGGGUAGCGUGGAUCCUCCCGAUCCAGAAACCAGGUCGCUCGGCUCCGAUUCCGUCUUCCUGAAGAACGAGGACGAGGAGCAGUGCAUCGACACUGAGGACGAAGUUUCGGGUUUUUCCACGGACUCGGACGCGCCUGGGCCAAGCUGUCGGCGGUUCCUACGGGUGCCUUCUAGGAAAAAACGGAUCCCCGAGAAAUGGGACGGAUGCGCGGGCUGCGUGCCCAGACGACGAGCCGGUAAUAAACCCUGCCAAGAAUGUAUGACCAUCAGUGCCGCUGUCGAAACCUCCAGGUCGCAACCAGCUUCAACGACAACCAGUAGCAGUCAGAGUAGCGUGGGAUCUCCACCGUGUUCACCGCCGAUCGAACUGAGGCACAGACCACCAACGCCAUUACCAUCAAUCCCGCCAAUAUGGUCCCAAGAAACGCUCUUUUAGGAUGCGUUUUUCGUAGUGACCAUGUCCUUCGACUUGUUUUUAUCGAGACACGAAGCUAAACCCAGAAUGUCGAUAUCUGAGGAAAUCAUUUGCCCAAAAAAUUGAUCUGGUCUUUAACCGUCUUGUAUCUCUAAAUAAUUUUCUCUCUUUUCUCUUGGAUCCUGUCGCCAUUAAAAUAUAUUUUACGUGAAUUUGAAAAUUCAAUUGUUAUAUCGGUCAGUGAAUUCGAUUACAAUUUAUGAAUGCAACAAUUGCGAUUAUAAUAAAAUUGUUAUAAAAAUAUUUUUAAAAAAAUCUAAAUUUUGAUAUAACAAAAUAGAAAGUAAACAAAAUUAUAUCAUUGAAAACCGUAAUCUUUACAAAUCGUAAGAACAAAAAAAAGAAUAAAAGUUAAUCAAUAAAGAGGAGAAGCGGAAGAAGAACGUACGAGCGAGACGUGGAGAUGAACGCCGGAAAGCAUUUUCGUCCGAACGUGAGGAAAUAUCGGAGAUUUUCGAUAUUACAGCGGUGACUUCUGUCCCGAAACCGGAGCAAACCCAUCUUAAGGUAGACUAAAUCGAAGGCAUUUUAUGUCGACUGUAUGGUACACUCCAUGACAAGCAUGAAACUCGGAUCGGAUUACCCGCCCAUUUAAAGGACGCGUCUACAACCCGCGAGACGAGGCUGACGGCGACUUAGUCUAACUAUACUUGAGAUCUCAUCUACCGACGUAUUUCAGACGUCUGCCUACUCCAUCAUGCUCCAGAAUAAGUUGGCGAACAAUACACGCGCGCGCGGUCGCGUUUAUCUAAAGUUCAUAUUAACUGCAUUGUGGCUGUACCAACCAGCAUCCCAACGCACCAGAGAAAGUGCGCACAAUUUAUCUCGCAUCGCAAGCCGUGCUCCACUACUAUCUUAUUUAGUCGAAGAAGAUUGGGCGGCAUCAUUAUUUCCCGUCACUCGCCACAUUCUCGACAAUACUCUCUUCGACGACAUUCUCUUCAUACGAGCAUUCUUCGUAACAUGACCAGACGCACAUCGACAUCCGUGAUCCAUUUAACAACGAAAACAAGCAAAUGCACUUCCUCGCUUAAGACAUUCGUGGCGUCCCAACGUGACGUUUGUAAUGCCUCUCGAGAUCGCGAGAUCUCAAGUGGCCAAACUUGGGAGAAGGGCGCAUGGUGAUCUAUAUCGCACAAAGGAGAAUAUCCGAGAAACGAGCGGAGAAACUCGUUCCGAUCGAUCAGGGUGAACCGCGUAACUCGCAACUCAGGAGACUGUCGAAGGAAGGCCGAUCGACAAUGCGGGGGAAAUAGGGAAUUAUUUUUAUACAAGCGCGACGAUAAUCAAGCUCGUUGAACUGAUCGUGAUGCUUCUCGUGAAAACAAUAAUACGCGCGCAAUACUCAAUUGUAUGACGUCAGUGUAACAUGUGAUUGUCAACGAGACGAGCGGAUGGAAGAGUGAAAUAGAAAGAAGAGAGAGAGAGAAAGAGAGAGAGAGAGAGAGAGAGAGAGAGAGAGAGAGAGAGAAACGGGGGAAAUAGCACUUUCGCUCGGAUAAUCGUCGAACCGGAUUUCCCCGUCGCAAUUUUCCCGACAGAGAAAACUGCCGGUUCGCCGUUGAUCCGACGUUUCUCUAACGCGAGGAAAACAACGUAUUUCUAUUCGUGUAAUCUUGUAAGCUCUGUAAGGUUUUGGGUGUACGUGUACGUGUCUAUAACCCUCUUGCGUACGAUAGAUAAACACCGUGCUCGAUGGAGGGGAACCGGAAACUGGGCGACUGCCGUAUAUGGUCUCGUAAAAACGGCGAACCAAAGUUGCCAAAAUUCCUUGAUCGCCGUAUUUUGACAAGGUGAUCUAUUAUAUCGAUCGUUUCGCAAAGUUGCUUGGUAAAUUUCUAUCCGGACUGGAAUAUCGAUCGAUUAGAUAUUCCACGGAAACAGAAAUCCCCGCAAUUAGGCCUGUAUCUAAUCUAAAGAAAUCGUAAGAUAUUUAAAAGAAAUAAGAGGAGAAGAAUAUGUGAAUUUAUUUCAGUUUUUUAUCCCCGUCAAUUCAGUGAUAUUAGCUGACGAGAAGCUCGCUGGGUGUAGAAAAUCGAAUUUAUUAAAAUGUUAGAGCGCGUCGGUGUAAAGAACGAAAAGAUAAAAAGAGAGACAUAUAGUAGACGAGACAUAUUUAUCGUUGACAAGAGCAACUUGUGUCUAUUUUCGAUAAAAGAUAAAAAGUAGUUGAACCAGACGAGCCAUAUAUCUCCAUGUCAUAUGCCUCUAUGUCUACAUCUGGAGACUUUUCCACGGAGGCUAACAUCACUGCCGGUCAGCCCCUCCAGGCACACGACGAUAAACGAAUAAAAAUAAAGCAGAAAUUAAUACACAUUUACGUAAAAGCAAAACGAACGCACGAGGACUACCUAACAUUGUUCUAGCCAAGAGUUUGUAUAGUAGACGAAUAAGACGAGCCGAGAAGUUAUUAUAAUAUAUCGGGAUAAAAAAAAAAGAAGAAAAAGAGAAGAAAUAUAUAUAAUGUAAUAGGCGCCACGCACGCAGUGCUGCGACCGUUACUUUUAGAUAGGUGUACAUACACGUCGUGUUACGAUGCGUUACGUUGCGUUGAGCUUAUACGACAGCGACUCGCCCUCGCUGAUCGACAAAGAGCGGAGGGAAGGCGAGACUCUAACGUCGUCGAUCUACAUGAAGAACUUUACAUUACGUUGGCUGCGUUCCAAACUUCGCCCCGGAGGUACGAAUUUAACAAGCCGCAAAACAAAACGCGAAAUACGAGAAAUACGAAGAGAAUAUAUAAUCACGACUACAUGAAACUACAGACCCGUGUAAUUCCCUCUAAUAAUUUAUAUACUGCUAUCCGCUAUACUCUCGACCAUUAAGCCGAAAAAACGUCAACUUUUGCGGACCUAAGAGAUUAAGAGAAAGUUUCUCGGAGACAGAAAGGAAAAGGGAAAGAGAGAGAUGGCGGGAGGUGUCCAAACUUCAAGGAAUACACGCAAAAGUUUCGUGAUAAAUAAGGGAAAGUCCCUAAUUGGAUAUUGUAUGCCUUAUUGAAUCAUUGUUAUAUAUAUGUAUAUAAAAGCUGACAUUUCGCUUGAGAAUUACGAUAACGUCGUGAAAAAGUAGUCGUCACAGGAGGCGAAGUUUUAGAACGCGGCUGUAGGAGAAUAAAACAGAAUUAUUACUAUCGCGAGGUGCGCUUUGCUAUACGCCGACACGCCGACGAAUUCGUUCCACCCGAGUUCCUUCUGUUGAGACGUAUCACCGUAAUUUUUUUUUUUUUUUUU